AUGUCUCGAGACGCAUCUAGAUUGUUCGGCACUCCACCGCCUCCGCCUCAACCUCAAUAUCCUCCCGAUGCUCCGGUUCGACAAUUCCACAUCACAUUCGCAGAGGUAUUGGGCAACCCUCGUCGUGUCUUCAAACGCUCCACCAAGAGCGUGGCCGACAUGAGCGAUUCGAGAUCAAAUACGAGAGAUGAUCCAUUCGUGGACGGCCCCGACUCGUCCACCAACACGGCUGACAACAACGACUUCAUCCGCAAGCUCACCCGCAGUCAAAGCUGCAACGAUGAAUCAUGGUCCCAGCUCACCCCGAUGGAGCGAUUUCACGGCCGUCCGCUCUCCCCAGAGAGCUUCGAAACCCCAGCGACGUCCAGCGAGGACCCCUUGAAUGUCUCACCGUGCGAUUCCGAUUUCGUGAGAGCCCACAGACUCUCCCGAUCGCGAGAUUCCGGUUACAAGAGUUUCCCCUCGCCUCUCCAGCCCAUCACGGAAUACGCCCAGGGCUCAGCCGGGCCAGGUUCGGUAGUCUCCAGCCUCGCGUAUGAUCCUACCCAGAUCUUCAUCCCCGCCGCCUCCGAUUGUCUGCUAUUCCCAUACCCGCGCCCGCUCUCCGAAUUAAGUUUCGACGGGACCGUCAAAUAUCGCGGCCACAUCCACCGGCCCGUCCACCUGGGCGACCAAGAUCCCGCCAACCUCCUCAAAGACGGAUACACUCGCAACGCACCGGAGCUCCUGAAUCAGUUCAACGCGGAUUUCAAAAUAAGUCAGAACAGGUAUCCGGGUCGGUUCGUCCUGUUCGUCGGAAAUCUCACCGCCGACUACACCGAUUGCGAGCUCAUCGUCCUGCUCCGCCAUAUCUUCGGCCAGUUCGACCAACGCGCGACCUUCACCAUCCAGAAACAAUUCGACCAGCACACCGUCAAACCGAUCGCUCUCGUCCAGUUGACCACCCAAUACGCCCUCGAAUACUCCCUCCGCUACCUCCCCGACUUCCUCCUCGGCGGCCGCCGCAUCCGCCUCGCGCCCUCCCACGCCACCCGCACCCUGCGCCUGCGCUGGCUCGACCGCACCACCGGCCAGACCCGCACGCCCACCCUGCACGAGAUCACCCUCGGCACCCGGCACUUCGGCGCCCUGGAGUCCGUGGUGCCGGACCCGCCCGCCGGCCUCGCCCGCGUCACCUUCGAGUGCUACGGCGUCUACGAGGCCUUCAAGAUCUCGCUGCAGAAGGGCGGCACCAAUUUCUGCCUCGCCGCGCCGCCGCCGUGUCGUCCUCGUGCGCGCCAGACUCCGCGCUGGAAUCCGGGUCCGAGUCGGAGUCGGAGUCGGAGCCAGGCGGGUUCCUUCCCCCGCCGCUCUUAG